AUGAUUCUCAUGUCAUUAUCCGAGAUUUGGGAGUUUUGCCACAAUGAGUGUCUCAAUAGAAUAGCUAAUUACCGUAAAUUGGAAACAAGCCUAACUACUUUUGACGAUGAAACAUCAAUUCUUGAAUCAGAAGUAGAACAAUUAACUGAUUUUCUCAAUGAACUUCGUCCUGCCCUGGGUGAUGUACAAACACUGGAAAGUGAUGUUGAACAAUGUAACAAAGUUUUGGACGAUAUUAAAAUAACAUUAGAAAGCAAUUGUGCACUAAUUAUAUUAAAAAGUGAACGGUUGAUUGCUGAAUUUGAUGAAUUCGAUGAUGAUAACAAUGAUGAUAAACUUCUUAAAAUGGUUGCUGAAUUGAUUGCCAAAGAGUCGAGUGAAAAUAAUCAGCCAAAGGAAUCAAAUUCUUUCAAAUUGACCUCAGGAAAUUGGUCUUCUCUCUUGUUACCACCAAUUAGUCAAGUAAACAACAUAACUGAUGCUCAACAUAAACAAGAAAUUGAUAAAUUACAGAAACGAAUUAAUGAAUUGGAAGAAUCUUUAAGAGAAAAAAACAAAACCAUCAGAUUACAACAGCAAAGGAUAAACGAUAUAAGGAAAAGUUUUCAAAAAGGAUCAACUCUUGAUAAUAAAUUGUUUGAUUUUCCAGGAAAUCAAAAUGAUAACGAAUCAACAACAACAACUGAUGGCUCAUCAUCAAACAAUUUGACAACAUCGAGAUCUGAAAAUGGUUUUAUUGAUCAACAACAACAACAACAACAAGUUAAUCUACCAAAUCAUCAUCAUUCUAACAAUCAUUCUCAUCAUCACCAACGUCAACUUUCCGAUUCUCAAUCUCCUCUUAAUUGUCCAAUGAACAAUAUUAGUUGGCAAUAUUUACGAUCGGUAAUCUUUAAAUCUGUCCUAACUUCGGAUUAUGAGGCUCAAAAGCAUUUGGUCAAGGCGAUUUCAAUGAUUCUUCAAUUUUCCGACGCCGAAGAGAAACAAAUUAGAGACAGUUUAGAGCAGAAAGUUUCAUGGUUUAAGAAUCUUCCUCUUCUUGGAAAUGGAUUUAAAUACAACAAUCAACAUAAUAAUAGUAACAAUUCAAAUCACCAUUGAUUGGAUAAGAAUCGACUUUCACAUUUAUAUUUAUCAAUCGGACUAUAAAUAUGAUCCAAAUUGUUACAACAAUUAACUGCAUUUUCAUUUUCAUCGUCACCCUUUACAUGAUCAUCGCUAUUUAAUGAUAACCUGUACCAUUCCCGUUUAAUUAUCCAACUAUAUGAAUCAAAUUAAAACAGAUAUAGACCAUUUUUAUUUAGUGAAAGAAUCAACAUCAUCAUCAUCAUCAUCAUCAUCAAUUAACCUUGAU